GGAGAUGGCCAUCAGCCUGACUCGAUGCGGUAGAGUUGUGUUGGUGAAGAUGUCCGUCUUCUGGAUGAUGAGUGUUGGCAGCAAGACCAAACAGAUUUGAGACACCCGAGCUCACAAUGUCAGACAUCAGUAUUGACGGCUUCUUCUCGCUCGAUGGCAAGGUUGCGAUAGUGACUGGAGGGUCACGAGGGCUCGGACUACAUACAGCAACUGCCUUCCUCUUGGCUGGAGCAAAGACUGUCUUCAUCAGUGCCCGCAAAGCUGGUGGCGAGCAAGGAAUCGACCAGGCAGUCGAUAAGCUGAAUAAGCUAUGCUCAAGCAAAAAUCUCAAGGGCCGAGCCAUAGGACUUCCAGCCAACGUUGCACAAGAAGAAGACAUUAAGCGUCUUGUCAAAGAAGUGCAGAAGCAUGAGUCGAAGCUCGAUAUCCUGGUAGCCAACGCAGGCGCGACCUGGGGCGGACCUUUCGAACCGACUCCAGACUGGUCGAGCCAGAAAAUUCUGGACCUCAAUGUUCGAGGUGUAUUCAACCUCGCCCGUUUAUUCGCUCCGAUGCUCGCAGCAGCGGGCAAACCAGAAGACCCUUCACGCAUCGUGAUUAUGUCCUCAGUAGCCGGAACGAAUGUCUCUCAUGUUGGAGAUAACGGAACUAUCAUGUACUCCGCUUCCAAAGCUGCAGCUCACCACCUUGGGCGGAAUAUGGCAGUCGAGCUGGGUCCUAGGAACAUAACAGUCAACACUGUAGCGCCAGGCUUCUUCCCCUCGAAACUAGCAAGCGGCUUGAUCGAAAUUCUCGGUGGUGAAGAGGAGCUUUCGAGAUCGAAUCCAAGGAAGCGCCUAGGAGAGCCAAGCGAUAUUGCUGGAGUCAUGUUGUUUCUUUGCUCAAAAGCAGCCAACUAUGUCAACGGCGAGUAUAUAAGUGUUGAUGGCGGAGCAAGACUGGGCUCCGGUCGUUUGACGAAGCUAUAA